AUGACUGUCGACUUUGAACGCAGUGCGAAGUUGUUGUUGUGCGAAGUUGUUGUUGGUACAGGGUUGAAAAAAGAAAAGAAUAGAGUGGCGAUGACUGUCGACUUUGAGAGCAGUGCGAAGUUGUUGUUAUGCGAAGUUGUUGUUGGUACAGGGUUGAAAAAAGAAAACAAUAGAGUGGCGAUGACUGUCGCCUUUGAGAGCAGUGCGAAGUUGUUGUUAUGCGAAGUUGUUGUUGGUACAGGGUUGAAAAAAGAAAAGAAUAGAGUGGCGAUGACUGUCGCCUUUGAACGCAGUGCGAAGUUGUUGUUGAGUGCGCUUCCUUUUCGUAUUGCGUCGCUUUUGGUCCACUUUGAGUUGCAAUACAAUAUGAAUGACGAUCCUCAACAGGAAUGA